AUGUACUCGUUGUCUCGGGGACCUAGCAAGAUCGUGACGAGCGCCCGCCGAGGGCAUCCUAGACAACUUGAUAUCGAAGGUUAUGAUAACCGAGAUAAGUCUGUCAAACUGUCAAAAACAAACGGAGAAGGAGAAGAUGUAACGCAGACUGCAGAACUCAGUAAUCCAAAGCCAACAUUCCAGGCCAAAAAAAUAAAUAAGUGGAAGCCACAGACUCAGAUUAGUUGUGAACCAACCCUGCAAGAAAACCAUCUUCAGAUGGCCAAGUUUUUAAGCAGACAAUGGCAGCAAGUUGAACAGAACAGAGGAAAAAGUAAAAAUGGAGAGCUCACAUUUGAUACUUACAUUGAAAAAGGUCCUAAUACAAAGCUUGCAGGUUUCACACCCUUUGAUCUCGAUGUGUUCUGGGGUGGGCAGACCUUGAAGAGUGUACUUGGAAAGUCUUCCAGCUGA